CCGUGAAAUGAACGAGUUGUUUGCAAAUCGGAAUAAUAUUUUGUGAUUUCUCUCUGAAUGUCGGUCAUCACCACCGGUGCAAAAAUAACGGGAUUAUGUGCAAACGGUUUUAAUGUUUACCUACUUUGAUGAUGAAGAUAUCUGACAUCUCAUUUAGGAAAUAGUAAAUUAAAAUAGUGUAAAUUUCGAGUAAAGUUUAAAUUUCUAACUAUAUAAAUGGAUACCAAUAAGAAAAGCGAAGAUAUGGACAUUCCAACUGUAGAAGGCAACCUCCUGCAGCAACCGAAAGAAGAAACAAUGCCAACUCGAAAUCCGCUAAUGAAAGUGCGAACAUAUGUGCUUGCCUUGCGCCCUUGGUCGUUGAGUGCAAGUUUGUUACCGACUUUGCUGGGGGCUGCGCUGGCCUACCGUCUUCCUGGCGAUAGUAGCUUCAGUUGGUGCACUUUAUUGUUGACAUUGUGCACAAUUAUUCCUGUUCAUGGUGCUGGCAAUGUGGUAAACACAUACUUUGAUUUUGUUAAAGGUAUUGACAAUCGUAAAUCUGACGAUCGAACUCUAGUCGACCAUAUUUUGAGUAUAGAUGAAGUUGUAUCUCUUGGUGCUAUAUUAUACCUUGCUGGAUGUGCCUCCUUUGUUCCACUUGUAAUUCUAUCACCAGCUCGCAUGGAGCAUUUGGCUCUGGUAUACUUUGGAGGAUUGUCUUCAUCAUUUUUAUAUACUGGUGGUAUAGGAUUAAAAUAUAUAGCUCUUGGUGAUAUUUUAGUUUUAGUUAUAUUUGGACCAGUAUCAGUAGUUUUUGCUUUCUUAGCACAAACUGGUAGAGUGGACUGGCCAAUAAUUUACUAUGCAAUUCCACUUGCCCUGAACACUGAGGCUAUUCUACAUAGUAAUAAUACUAGAGACUUGGAGACAGAUAGCAAAGCGGAAAUUGUAACAUUAGCAAUAUUGAUUGGUAGAACAGCUUCAUAUUUGUUGUAUGCAUUUUUAUUAUUUACUCCUUACAUUAUGUUUGUGGUAGCUUCUGUGCGCUGUUCAUUGUGGUUCUUAAUUCCAAUGUUAACUUUGCCUAGAGCUUUUGAAAUAGAAAGAAGGUUUAGAAGCCCUGAGACAAUGAGAUAUGUACCAAGACAGACUGCCAGACUCAACUUUUAUUUUGGCAUGCUGUACAUGAUAUCAUGUUUGUUUGCUCAUCGCCUUCCAUUCCUUCUUCGGUAACAAGUUAAGUGUACAAGAACAAAGAUUUGAAUUGUUGUUAUUUGAUUUUAGCAUAGGACUGACCAUUUUUGUAAGUUUCUAUAAAAAUGUUGUAUAUUUUUGUAUUUUAUGUAAAGUAAAUUAAGCUGAGGUAAAAAUGAUAUCCUGUCACAAAUUAAUAGUAGCUUUAGUAAAGUGGUAAAAGCUUGUUAAAGCAGUUGAGUCUUUUCUGCUCUAUAUUAAAUAUGUUACAUGAUGCAUUUUUUAUACCUUUGUUUCUAAUAAUUUAUGGGAUCAAAAUAACUGAAUUUUACCAAAAUGCAAUGAAAUACAUGAUAAUGUAUUUAUAUGUGCCUUAGCCCUACAUUUCUGGUCAUUAUAAGUUGUUAAGUUUCUGUUACUGUGGAUUUAAUAUUCAAGAUCAACAUAUUUCUAAGUGUAGUUUAGAAAAAUAGAUAAUAUGUGCAAUGAGGAAACUAAUAAAUAAAUAAAUCAACAUGGAAAGCAAAUUCAAUUCUUAAUUUUCCUCAAAGAGCGAAAAUAGCAUAAAGAUUUUUUCUUGUGAUGGAACAUGAUAAUCAUGUAAAAUACCUUUGUUCAGUUGUAUGAGCGUCAUUGUUGCAUAAACAUGUAAAGGAAUAGGUUGGUGACACUGAACUUCCUCUAACAAAUAUAAUAAUGGAGUCUGAAUUUCAAUGAAUGUUGUAUAGUCAAUGAGAUAUUAAUAACACAUCUUGCUUUUGUGAUCGCUUUAGUUACGUGUACACAAUUUUAAAAUAUCAUCUACCUCCUAUAAUGUCUAAGAAUUGAUGUUUUCAAAAUAUCUACAUAAAUAAUGUUGUUUAGUACUUUUGUAAUUUGAAUACAAUGAAAUCUCUUGAUUGUAAACUGACAAUAAUUUAUUUAAUUAGCUAAUAAAUUUAGUCCAAUAUAAUUGAUGUAAAAGUGAAUACUAAAAUUGUGAUGAUAAAAACAAUGAUUUUCAUUUAUUUAUUUUAUUGAUAUAAUCAACGUAGGAGACCUCUAUGAUAUAUAAUCUUCAUAAUAUAAUGAUAAAUUACAAGUCAAAUUAUCAUACAA